UGUCUGGUAGAAUUUAAUUGAAUUUGGAGGAUGAAGUCCAACCUAAUGCAUUUCGUUCCCCCAGUGAGUAGGGACAGAAUAAUCUCCCAGUUUCCCAAGUGGUACACGCCUGAGGCCUGUCUGCAGUUCAAAGAGCACUUCCAUGCGCAGGUCAGGACUGCUUGUCAGCAGAGCGCCGGAACAGUUGGGCUGAAAAUAUCCAAAGUGGUUGUAGUAGGAGACCUGUAUGUUGGGAAAACCAGCCUUAUUAACAGAUUUUGUAAAGAUAAUUUUGACCGAGACUACAAGGCUACCAUUGGAGUGGAUUUUGAAAUUGAACGUUUUGAAAUAAUUGGAAUACCAUAUAAUCUCCAGAUAUGGGACACAGCAGGUCAGGAAAAGUUCAAGUGCAUUGCAUCUGCUUACUACCGAGGAGCAGAGGUUAUAAUAACGGUGUUUGAUUUGGCUGAUAUCCAGACUUUGGAUCACACCAAACAGUGGCUAGAAGAUGCAUUGAGGGAGAAUGAGCCACAUUCCAGCUUCAUCUUUCUAGUUGGAACAAAAAAAGAUUUGGUGUCAGAUGCUGUGUGUGAAAGGACAGAGCUAGAUGCCAUCCGCUUUGCCAAUGAGAUGCAGGCAGAAUACUGGUCCGUUUCAGCCAAAACAGGGGAAAAUGUCAAAGAGUUCUUUUCCCGAGUUGCUGCCUUGGCCUUUGAACAGUCCAUGAUAAAGGAGCUGGAGAAAACUGCUGGGCACAUGGCCCAAAUUGGGGCAGGAAACCUCAUCAAACUGGAAAAGAACAUGAUGGAAGUCCCAGAAGGCAACGCUCAAGUCAGCCUGAGCUGCUGCUAA